AUGGCGUCGCUGCAAGCUACCGCGCCGACCAAGGUGGGGUGCGGGUGCGGGUGCCCCGACUGCCGGUGCCUCGCCCCGCCGGCCGCUGCCCCCACGGCCGAGAAUUUGAAGAAAAAAGUAGACCCCUACGGAAGCGGUGAUGCCGUGCGUCACGACGGCGGCGACAAAGACGACGAGACUGCCGCCCUCCUCCUCUCGUCCGGAGCCGUGGCCAGGCGGUGCGCGUGUUGCUGCGCCCGCUGCCAGCACGACACUCGCGACAAUGACGACGACGAUGAGUGCAACUCCGACGACGAAGAUGAUGAUGACAACGAAGGCAGCGACCAUGACCAAUCGCGAGGCGAGGUCGUGGUGGCCGUGUGGCCCGUGGCCUGCGGCGGCUGCGCGGCCGUCGUGCGGUCCGUGGCCGAGCGUCGCCUGGCCCUCGCCGGCUACCCGCCCACCGCCCAGGACCCCAAGGGCAAGGCCAAGGCCCAUGGCCAGUCCGCCUCGACCGCCGCCAGUCGGGUGCGGGUCGGCGAGGGCGGCCACGCGGCCGUCCGGGUCGAGCUCUGCGGCGGCCUCGACGCCGACGAGGCGGCCCGCGAGGUGGGGCGCGCCCUGGCGGCCGAUCUGCGCGGGGCGGGCUUCACGUCGGCCGAGGUGGUGCCCCACACCGACGCGGCGCCCCUCCUGCCCACGCCCUCCCGCCCGUCCCUCUUCUCCGCCGCGUCGGCCCAGGCCGCCCGCCGUCCCGCCUUCCUCUUCUCCGUUCAGGGAAUGACGUGCGGCAGCUGCGUGGGGAUGGUGGAGACGGCCCUCUCGAGCGUGAAGGGCGUCGUGGUGGCCCGCGUGAGCCUACGCAAGCACGCCGCCAUCGUGCUCGUCGACACCCGCCUCAGGAUGGGAGACGACGCCGAGGAGGGCUUCGACGAGGCGGCGGUCGCGGCGGAGCUCGUGGCCGCCGCCGAGGAGCUGGGCUACGCCGUGGCCCGCCUCCGUCCGGAACCUUCCGACGACGGUGCCGCCGCUGCUGACCCGGGCCUCGUGCGCCACCUGCGGCGCCUGGCCCGCCGCGCCCUGCGCGAGGCCAAGGCCAAGGCCCAGCCCGACCCAUUCGCCACCCUCGACCACCCAUUGGCCGGCGGCCGCCAGGAGAACGAUGAUGACGACGACGAAGACGAGGCCGCCGCCACUGGCGGGUCGGCCGCGCCGGCGAUGAAGGACACGGUGUUCUUCCGGGUGGAGGGGAUGACGUGCGCGUCGUGCGUGGCCAUGCUGGAGAACGUGGUGCGCCACCUGCCGGCGGUCACGCGCGUGAGCGUGAGCCUCAUGACCGAGGAGGCCGAGGUCGAGUACGUGCCGCACGCCGGCACCACGCCCGACGCCAUCCGCGAGGCCAUGGCCGACCUGGGCUUCACCGUCACCCGCCUCGACAAGGCCGUCCAGGGCCAGGUGACGCUGCUGGUGGAGGGGAUGCACUGCGCGUCGUGCGUCAACAAGAUCGAGACCGCCCUCAUGAAGCACCCGGCCAUCAUUGCCGCCUCCGUCAACAACGUCACCAAGCAGGCCAAGGUGGAGUUCGACAGUACAAAGCUGGGGGUGCGUGACGUGGUGGAGCUGAUCGAGCGGACCGGUCCCUACGCGGCCCAGCUGGCCCGGCCCGAGGGCAGCGUGGAGGCCCUCAAGCGCGAGAAGGAGAUCCGCAAGUGGCGGCUCAGCUUCUUCGCCAGCCUGGCCUUCACGGCGCCCCUGGUGUUCAUCAGCAUGGUGCUGUCGAUGCUGAUCGAGCCCACCCACGAGAUGCUGCAGCAGGACUACUUCGUGCGCAACCUCUCCAUCGACGCCGUCGUCCAGUGGGCUCUCGCCACCCCCGUCCAGUUCUGGAUCGGCUGGGACUUCUACGUCGCCUCCUACAAGGUGUUGAAGCACGGGAGCGCGAACAUGGACGUGCUGGUGGCGCUGGGCACGUCGGCGGCCUACUUCUACUCGGUGCUGGGGAUCGUGCUGCACCUGCUCGACGACAACUUCACCUCCCACCUCUACUUCGAGACGUCCGCCCUCCUCAUCACCUUCAUCAUGCUUGGCCGGUACCUGGAGAACGUGGCCAAGGGCAAGACCUCGGAGGCCAUCACGAAGCUCCUGUCCCUGCAGGCCCCCACCGCCAUCCUCCUCACCACCACCCCCGCCGCCGCCACGGAGGGCGGGUACGAGGUGGUGGGCGAGCGGGAGGUCGACGCCAAUCUGGUGCAGCGGGACGACCUCCUCAAGGUCCUCCCGGGCGCGCACAUCCCGGUCGACGGCCGCGUCACCCACGGCCGCACCACGGUCGACGAAGCCAUGAUCACCGGCGAGGCGCUGCCGGUGACCAAGGCGGAGGGGGACGAGGUGAUCGGGGGCACCAUCAAUCAGGCCGGCCUCAUCCACGUGCGCGCCACCCGCGUCGGCGCCGACACCGCCCUCGCGCGCAUCGUGCAGCUCGUGCAGGAGGCCCAGACCUCCAAGGCCCCCAUCCAGGCGUUGGCCGAUCGGAUCUCGGGUGUGUUCGUGCCGGUGGUGCUGGGCCUCGCGCUGCUCACGUUCGGUACGUGGUACACGCUGUGCCUGACGGGCGUGGUGCCGGAGGCGUGGAUCGAGGCCGGCGCCGACGCCUUCCUGUUUUCGUUCCUAUUCGCCGUGUCGGUGGUGGUCAUCGCGUGCCCGUGCUCGCUCGGCCUCGCCACCCCGACCGCCGUCAUGGUGGGCACCGGCGUCGCCGCCCAGCUGGGCGUGCUGAUCAAGGGCGGCGCGGCCCUCGAGACGGCGCACAAGGUGAGCGCCAUCAUCUUCGACAAGACCGGCACGCUCACCCACGGCAAGCCCGUCGUGACGGACCUCCUCCGCGUCGACGACGCCUGCGCCCAGCUCGACCUCGACGAGCGCGCCUUCUUCACCCUCGUCGGCGCCGCCGAGAGCGCCAGUGAGCACCCGCUCGGCCGUGCCAUCCACGCUCACGCCCUACGCGCCCUGGCCGACGCGCCGACAACGGCCACGGCGGCGGCGGCGCUGCCCCAGCCGCGCGAUUACCAGGCCAUACCGGGCCGCGGGCUGAGCUGCCGCGUGGGCGAGUACGGGGUGUACAUCGGCAACCGGCUCCUGAUGGGCGACCACGCCUUCGCCAUCCCGGAGCGCGUCGAGCGCUACAUGAGCUCCCUCGAGGAGCAGGGCAAGACCUGCAUGCUCGUCGCCCUCCUGCGCGACUCCAACGAGUUGGAGCGCGAGGUGGCGGGCUGCAUCGCGGUGGCGGACACCAUCAAACCGGAGGCGCCGCUGGUGGUGCAGCACCUGAAGCGGAUGGGCAUCCAGGUGUGGAUGGUCACCGGUGACAACCGCCGCACGGCGCAGGCCAUCGCGCACCAGGUGGAGAUCACGGACGUGUUCGCCGAGGUGCUGCCCUCGAACAAGGCGGCCAAGGUGAAGGAGCUGCAGGCGCAGGGUACCGACGUGGCCAUCGAGACGGCCGACGUGGUGCUGAUGCGCAACGAUCUGGCCGACGUCGUGACGGCGAUCGACCUCUCCACCAAGACCUACCGGCGCAUCAAGCUCAACUUCAUGUGGGCCUUUGGCUACAACGUCUGCUCGAUUCCGGUGGCUGCUGGGGUGCUGUACCCGGCCUUCCAUAUCUCCCUGCCGCCCGCGCUGGCCGGGCUGGCGAUGGCGCUCUCGUCCGUGUCGGUGGUGUGCUCGUCCCUGCUGCUCAAGCUCUACAAGAAGCCCGUCCUGUCUGCUGCUCCUCCGGCCUCGCCUUGGCUGCUGCCCUCGUUCUGCCGCCGCCGCCUCACCAGCACCGCACCCUACGCACAGCUGCCCGGCAACUAG